AUGUUCUUGUUACUGGUUGUGAAAAAAUUGAUUCCGUUACUGUAUUAUCCAUCAUCUUUUAUUAUUGUCUCUUAUAGAUUGGGCCGGUCAAGAAUCACUGACAAAUUCAAUGUAAAUGGGUUCUUCACUGAAAUUAGUUACAAUUUCUUACCUAGUCAAAGAGAGAGGUGGUUCUGGUCCCUGCCUAGCAUAUUUACUGGCAACAAAAUUAAAUCCUACGGAGGCAAACUGGAGUUUAUCCAAAGAUAUACCCAACGUCCAGAAGCUGUAUAUGUUCCACAUCAGGAUGUAAUCAUCAUUGGUAACGGAAUUACUAUCUAUUGGAGCAACCCUGUAGAAUUAAGGGAUGAUAUUGCCAAUCCUGUGUCCAUCCCACUCCAUCCAAGUACCAACUGGUUCCGUGUAGAGCAGGCAGGUGGAUUAAAACCAGCCUCCCGAGAAGACAUUCUUAUGGUUCUUGCUAAUAUCGACUCCAUCUUAAUUAGAGCCACACAAUCAAGCGAUACCAGUACAGCGUAUCUCAGUGAUGUAACUUUAGAAACUGCUGUCGAGCAGUAUACUGGAAGACCUAGAGCUACUACUGUUGAAUUCUGUCAGUGUCCGGUUGGAUAUCGUGGAUCAUCCUGUGAAUCCUGUUCUCCAGGGUACUAUAAAGACUUCUAUUACGGUUUGUCUAGGCCAUUAGGUUCCUGUCUAUUAUGUCCAUGUAAUAACAGAUCAUCAAGUUGUGAAGUGGGAUCAGACAAUAAAGUUAUUUGCAAUUGUUUAGAUGGUUAUUAUGGAGAAAGGUGUGAAACUAAAGAAC